UCCCUCCCCGCCCACCCCAGCCUCCUCCCUCUCUGCUCUAUCCUGGCCUCUCUCCCUCUCUCCGUCGCCGGGUGCUGAAGUUGGGCGGAUGGCACGGAGCCUGCUCCGCUAGAGGACGGAGCAGCCCACUCUCGAGCACCCUCGGACCCGGACCCCGGAGCUCUCGCCCACAUCUAAGUCUACCCGGUAAGACGCGACCUCUGAAUCCCGGAGAGGAUAAAAAAAAAUAAAAAUAAUAACAUGAAAAUGUCUGCUUUGCACUGAUGGGUGGGCUUGAUUUUUUUUUUCUCUUCUUUUGCUCCCCCACCCCCACGGCGAGGGGGAGGUAGGAUAGAGAGGGCGGAGGGGGCGCCCGCUGCCUGUGCCCUGGCUGAUAAAGCAGUGGGGCGCGCGGGUCUCGGCGGGCAGCACCGCCCCGCGGCUCCGUGAAGUUGAAUCCCGCGUGGUCCGCUUCAGGGCCCGGUCCACUCGCGUCCCCGGGCUCUGUGGAGGGACUGAACCGCUCUCCUGCGGGUCACGGCUUCGGGUGUCCCUGCUUCUGCGGGGAGAAAUCUCAGCACCUUCGGGGACCUGGAGGAGGCAGUUGGGUUCUGAAGCAGCUGACAUGAGAAAACGGCAGCAGUCACAAAAUGAAGGAACACAGGCUGUGUCUCAAGCGCCUGGAAACCAAAGGCCCAACAAUACCUGCUGCUUCUGCUGGUGCUGUUGCUGCAGCUGCUCCUGCCUCACUGUCAGGAAUGAGGAAAGAGGAGACUCUUCGGGGAGAUCCCCACAUACCACCAAAAUGGAGAGCAUCCAGGUCCUAGAGGAAUGCCAAAACCCCACUGCAGAUGAAGUCUUGUCCUGGUCUCAGAAUUUUGACAAGAUGAUGAAGACUCCUGCAGGAAGAAACCUUUUCCGAGAGUUCCUCCGAACGGAGUACAGUGAAGAGAACCUACUCUUCUGGCUGGCCUGUGAAGACUUAAAGAAGGAGCAGAACAAAAAGGCUGUUGAAGAAAAGGCCAGGAUGAUAUACGAGGAUUACAUUUCUAUACUGUCACCGAAAGAGGUCAGCCUGGAUUCUCGAGUUAGAGAGGUGAUCAACAGGAGUCUGCUGGACCCCAGCCCACACAUGUAUGAAGACGCCCAGCUUCAGAUCUACACCCUAAUGCACAGAGAUUCUUUCCCAAGAUUCUUGAACUCACAGAUCUAUAAAGCUUUUGUGGAAAGUACCACCAGCUGUACUUCUGAAUCCUAAUUUUCAGUUGACAGGCCAAAAAAAAAAAAAAAUCCAUUUCAGAGGGCUGGGAUGGGAAAUAAAAGUAAUUAAAUAACACCAGAAAUUGAGUUCCUGAAAAACUACAGGUUGACUGCUGGGGAAAUACAAUGAGGAAGGUCUCUUGUCUCCAUUUUUAUCAAGGUUAUCCAUGAUUCUGUUUGGGGCAACAACAACAAAAAAAGCCUAUAUGAGACAAUGAAUUGCCAAAUUAAGUUUGUUUGAUUCAACACUUGCUCUACUUGCAAGCAAAUUGUGUUCCUAGUCCUCUGAACAAUCCCCUAGUGCAUCUCUAGAGGCCGCAUGUGCAAAGUAAAACUGCUUCGUCUGCCCUUUACUUGUGCUAUUAAAUCAGUAGCAUACCUUGUAUCUGUAUUUAAGGACUUUUGUGCAAUAUGGUCUCUUAGAAACAAUUGCCAACAAAUUGGCCGUGGUUUGCAUUUUUUAAAAGCAUAAUCCAAUACACACAAAGGCUAUUUUAAACAUGUAACAGUGAUAUUUAACCAUGCUACAUACUGUGUUUAGUAUACCGUCUCUGAAGCCAAUUUUUCUGUACAUGUUUAAAAAAAAUAGAAGCUGUUAAAGGAUCUUACUGUGUGAGCCCUCUGGUUGUUCACUGCCCAAAUUCUGGCAUUUUUGUUACAGAAGAGUUUACUAUAUAAGAAAGAAAGAAAGAAAGAAAGAAAGAAAGAAAGAAAGAAAGAAAGAAAAGAAGAGAAAAAAAGGAAAGAAAGGAAAAGAAAGAAAGAAGGAAAGAAGAAAAAGAAAGAGAGAGAAGACAAAACUUUAUGAUAAGAAAAAUUUUAAUAAGCACAAAACAAUCUGCAGAUAUCCUGUCUCAUUGAAAAUUCCAAGAGUGAUACUGUUUUUAGGUCUGAAAGAAGAAAAGAGUCUAUGUAUAUAUGAAAUGUCCAGUACUAUAAUUGAGUUAUUAAAGAAUGGCUCCUCAGUUCUAAAAGAGUGAUGCAAACCUCUGAAUGUCAGCAGGUAAACAAUAAUAAGUUCGAUAAUCCAGUUUGGGAAUAUAAAGGGAAAAGAACUAGUAAAGGAAUGCCUACAUGUAGCACUGUCAAAAGCAUAGUGAGGAAUUGCAUCUGACUUGUGGCGUAUUCACCUUGAACAUAUAAUCCAGUGAAAAGCUUAAGUUUUUCCUAAGUAACACUUUAUAAAGAAUUACAAAGAAGAAAACCUUCAAUGUCAGACCUUAACUGUUUUCACAUAGUCUCUCAAGAAAGACUUAUUUUAACAUUGUUAAAAACAAACUCUUAACCCUCAUCCAUAAUUAAAAGGCAGUACAGUGCUCAAACCUUCUAGCUGCCAAUAUUAUUUUUUUAUAAUUACAUUAACUCUUUACAUGAAAUACUCCCCUGACCACAGCAUGUAUUUAUGACCUUCUGAACAGUAUCGUCUUGUGCACAAAACCAAAAUUACAAUCAAUGUCAUAUUUAUAUCAAGGUCUUACCUUUCAAUAUCAAAAUCCCCUGGAGCCUAUUUUUUUAAUCUUAAACUCAAUGAGUAUAUGUUGAGUAACCUUUAAAAAUGAAAGAUUUAAAAAGAUUUAUAUCCACUGAGAAUACAGGCCUUAUAUUAAGGAUGAUAUUAAAAUUAUAGGUUUUAUUUGUCAUUUUUAACUACCUCUCAUAUUUUUAAUUUAUUAAACAUAUUUUUUUAAAGCACAAGUUUGGAGUUUUCUUUUUAACUUUAUUUUACUUGAAAGGUUGGCAUCAUGUUUCUUUUUCCAUAAAUUUAAAACAUUUCAAGAAUUGUUUUUUAAGUGAAUAUGAUUUUCUAAUUUAUAUAGAAUUCAGGAGCUAUGAUUCAAAGGGCUAUUACAUAUUCCCUAUGCAAAUAUUUUAACUGUUGCAGUGUUUGACAAAAUGGGAUUUUAAAAAAACAAUUUGCAGAGUGGAAAAACAAAACGUUGUGUUUACACUGGCGCCGCUGACUAUCCUACCAUGCUCAGCACUUUUAAAUACAUUAUUUAUGACAAUGUAGUUUAAAUGCAAGAUAUUUAUAAUAUUCAUCUUUUAAAAAAUGCCUGUGGAUUUUUUUUUUUCCUGAAAGUGUUAGUGUGUUUAAGAUACGCUUUGCUUAUGUCACCUAGAUGUUUACUAUUUGAAUAGUUUUGGUAAUCUGUUGAGAAAAAAAGAUAGUUAUGAAGAUGUUUACAAAAAUAUAAUCCUAUUUUUUCCUAAAGAGUCAAGAAAACGUAAAAGCAUCAUGGCUUCUAUUGUGAAGUCCCACCGUUCUGAAUGAUUUGAUUCUUUCCUUGAUUAGUGUUGAUUAUGCUAAUAGGAUGUAUACACAUGUAUAGUGUACCAUCAUCCUCGUUCUGUGUUUGGGGCACAAUGAGUUGGUGCACAUGACCAGGAAAAAUGUAAUAUAUUACCACACCCUGCAUGCAUGAUUGUUUUCGAUGUAGACUUUAUUAUAUCCCUGUUCCAUGGAUGCCAGUGACUGACUGUCACAGGCGAUCUUUACAAUACGCUCUGGACUAUUGGGCGAGCUGUCUGUGUGACAAUGCAUUUAAUAUUUUACCAAAUGGAAGAGAUAAGGCUCCUUGAGAGAGUCCUCAUCUCUAACCUAGGCAUUUGCAGUGUUUGAUUUCAAAGUUGCUGUGUCUUUGGAACCUGUGUACAAGGAGGUUCCAAAGCUGAUUUGCACAGUCCCUGCCAUUAGCCAUUGCUAUGUGAGCAGUUCUAUGCUAAAUUCAUAUUUCAGGGGGAUGGCUUCUUAGUUCACUUGAGAAUGUUUCAAGUUUUGAAGAGUGUGUCUGUGGACUUGUGACUAUGCCAGUCUUUAAAAUAUGGUGUGGUUUCUUCUGUUUAAGUCACAGAGCUAUAAUAAACAAACAAAAGCCCACAACUGGUGUCUGCCACCAUUUCAAGAGCACAACACUUGAUAUAGUCAAGUUUGAUUUAAUUCCUAGUGGGUGAAUCGCUCCCUGGGGAGACCCUAGCACUUUAAAUGAAGCACCUUAUAUUUACGAUUGCCAAGAUAACUUUGCAUAUUGUCAGAAUCUGUUAAUGCACACACAAGAGGAUAACGCACUUUCUAUAGUACCUGUCUAUAGGCAUAUCUAUUGUGGAAAGCAAAGGAGAUUGUGUAGGUGAUGUAUACAGCGGUGACUCAAAGGCAGAUGUCUUCAUAGGUGGAUCUUACACAUAGACAUGCUAAUGCUGAAGGGGUGACUCUUCUCUUUCUGACUUAUUAUGACAUCAUCCAAAGUUAGCACCGAUGCUCUGAUGGCAUGAAAAGGGCAUAUGAAUGUUAACAAAACAGGAUUUUGAUACUGAAGUUAUAAAUGUAAAAGUAAAAAUUACAAUAUGGCCUUUAAAACAGUCUUACAAUAUUUAUAUAUGACCAGUUCUAACAGUGUGUCACUGCCUAGAACAUUUAUUAGUGCCCUUCAAUGUCUCCUAGUAUACAGAAUGUGCUAUAUUUAUUUGAUAGUUAAGUGUUAAAGGACUAUAGAAAUAGAUAAAGGCUUAUCUGUUGAAAACAAAUGUACAUCUCUUCCCAUUAUGCUAAUUUAAAAUACUUGAAUCUUAAUUUAAGUUCAUUCUUUUAUUCUAGAAUUUUUUUAAUAGUCUCAGAAAAAUGUCAUAUUGUAAUUGUGGAAACUACACUUGCAACAAAUAAAAAACUUCAGGUGCUUUGGUGAAGGUUUUUAAGUGGAAGGAAUGAAAAUAAAGCAUAGAAAAAUGAACUUUUUGAAGAACCAUCAAUUUGUUUUUAAACAGGUAGAAGAUACACCUAGAACCCGACAUAACAUGAAUUUUUGAAUACUUUCAGCUUUUAUAUAUUGACAUAUUAUUUUGAAACAGGAAAUACGGUCAACAGAUUGGGUUACCUAUCUAUUUAGAUUGGCAGUUAAUGACCAAUCUCCAAAGUAUCUAUUUUUAAGUCUGUUUGAGUACUCUUUUCUGUUCUUAAAUUUCUGAUGAUCAUAAAAUGCUGUCCCUAGAAAGGAGCAUACCAUGUGUAAUAAUCUUAGCAAUUCUCCACUUGCCACAAUUGCAAAUAUUUACCACUAAAACCUACCAAACCUUCCUUCAGAACAUGUCUGCAAGAUUAUAAUAUCGUCUUAACAUCUUUGCAGUGCACACAGUGCAUGGAGGAGCACUGGCUUUGAUUUCUGUGGGUGUUAAAAAAUAUUUCUUUUACAAAUAAAGUCCUAAGCAGCCAUAAGGGACAUGUUUUCUUUCCCACUGAUUGAAGAGACUAUACCAGACCAUCAUUCUGUAGAAAACAGGGAGAUGGAGUGUAGCCUUCGUUGGGCAAAUGGGGUUGUGGACUCUGAUUCUCAUGACAUAAAGCUCUAAGUUGAGAAAAAGCCAUGACCUAAAGUAUUCGUGAUGAUAGCCACAUGUACUAUUUUAAUGUCGUGCAUGAAAUCUGAAAUUCAGUCCCCUCCUCAUGUCUUAUAUCGUAUGUCUUCUGUUGCAAAGUUUUCCAUUGAUUCGUGCCUUUAUCACAGCAUUUUCAGCUUUUUAAACAGUUAGAAAUAUGUGAGCUUUAAACCGAUGAUUAAACAAACUGUCUAAGAUUUGGGCACAUUUCCUUUUGAAAUGACAGCUGAUUUCGAGUUGUAUUUCUAUCCAGAGGUGGUAGGGAAAGUCACGUAACCUUUCUGAAUCUGAAUCUGUUUCUUUGUCUUAAAAUAUUGACUAUGGGGUGUCCAUGGGAACAGUAAUGUUGCAUAUAAUAAUUGACCGGAGUUCUUCAGCCUAGUAACAAUAACAUUUUUUGGAAGGUCUGUAGUUGGUGUCAUUUCACUGUAUUCUCUCCUCGUGUUUCCUUGGAAAGUUUAGGUUAGCACACAAAGAGGGUUCAUCAUGACAUUUUCAUACCAGUGUCUCAUGAUAUCUUCUUCUCAUUUGUUCCUCACUGCCUUUCCCAGGGCCUUCUACUUUCUUUGCUUAUUUUUUUUUAAACAUACUUGAAACUUUAAAAUGUGCAUAGGUAUGGACAAACACCAUACACACACACACACACACACACACAUGCAUACAGAGACACAUAUACACACAGACACAGACAUACAGUUAUGCCGCCCACAGACACAUGCACAAGCACACAUACACACAGACACAUCGAAACAUCCACACACACCACACACACACAUACAGAAAUACACACUCAAAGAUGGAGACAUAGGCAAUAAAAUGACCAUCCCUGUGGGUGGGAAUACUAUAGAAUCAAGUUAGUUACCAGUAUGCCAAGUAUGCCAGUGGGCAACAGAGCUGAAAGCAAUGUCAUAAAUCAUGAUUCGAAAAUAAUCCCUUCAAUAUUAGUGUGACUUUGUCGAUUCUAUCAUGAAACUAUGAAUAGAAAGAUGAAUACAAGUGGCUAAGUGUUCAUUAACAGUUUCACCAAACUUUUGAAUAUUUUCAGCUUUAUAGCAAAAUGAUGAGGCAGUAAAUGCCCUCAUGUGUUCUAUGUGUCUGGGAAGCAAUUUUCCCAAAUAAUAACUAAAAUUGACCCAUCGAGUCUGUGUUCCACUCCAUCAUCAUCCUUCACCUCUUGCCUUCUCUGCCCUUCCCAUCCUGUAACCACACGACCUCCUGUUGUUUCCUCUCUUUGUGUUUCUUUCAGCUGUGACUCUCUCUAAAUGGUCUUGUUUUUUCAAAACCUUGACAGUUGUGAGUGGAAGUGAUGUCUAUUUUACAGAGCAUCGCUCUGCAGGGUGGGGUUUGUCAAGACUUCUCCUGUUUAUAUGAGUGGGGAUUUUUUUUUUGUUUUUGUUUGUUUGUUUUUAGUUUCUGAAAGGAAUAAUGUUAUUCUGUUCUUUCUAUCAUAAAUAUUUGUUUUUAUUUUAUGUGAUUGAGUGCUUUGUCUGCAUGUAUGUAUGUGACCACAUGUGUGCAGCACUUGAGGCCAGAAGAGUCCUCUGGAAUUGGAGCAACAGAUGGUCUUAAGCCUCCAUAUGGGUUCUGGGUACUGAAUCAGGGUCUUCGGUUCUCUUAACUGUUGAGCCACCUGUCCAGCCCCGAAUAGCCAACCUUAUUACAUGAUAUCUACUUGCCACUAGGGUAAGUACUCUUGCUUUGGGCUCCUCCUUCCUAUUGCUGUUGCUGUUCGCCCUGUCACCUGAUUUAAGCAUUGCCUGUUGGGUACAGCCUCUGCUGCCAAGUGAUCCACAUGCAAAGGUGUCUUAGAGGGAACUAGACCCUGCAUUUACAUUGAGCAAGAAAAACAACCAACCCCACCCCCCAUAAAAACAACUCUGGCCAAUUUCUUAGCAUGAAUACUAGGCUCCAUUAAAGGAUUACUAAUAAAUACUAUAAAGAAAAUGCAAUGGAUUAAGAAGUGAAAUAAGUCCGAAGCAGUGUUAGCUUGGCUAUCUACCUAAUAAAAGUGCAACUGUUCUCUCUUCCCUGAAGCACCCUGCAUACUUAUCUAGUUCCUGCACACAUGCUGGAUUUGAAGAUUUUAGCAAGAGGUUAUUUAUUACUCGUGUUUAAUGCCUUCCUAUAUACCAUCCCCUGAGCAAUGUAUACAAUGCUGAAGUAUAGAAAAUUUGAUGUUGUUCCUCAAGCUUUAACCCGUUUGUCAUAGUGUUUCUUGUGUGUGUUUUUAAAGAGUUUGCAAAAUACUAAAAAAAAGUAUUUUAAUGAAUUUGAUUCUGUGAAAUACAUCAUUUUGAACAUGUAUAAUUUCUUACUUUCAUGCUCAUUCUAUUUAGUGAUCUAUUUCCAUAUUUUGUAUUCUAUCAAUAUAUUUAUUAGUGGACCACAAAAAGGUUCCGAGUACAUGAAUAUAAGAGUAGCCCUGCUUGGCUAUUUUAUAAUACCAAAAUACCUGUGGGUACUCAUAGUUGAAUAGAUACUCCAGAUUCUUUUCCUUGCAGCUCAAGUUUGUCUGGGUUUUUCUUCCAUUGAACAGAUUUCAUCAUUUCCCUAUGUACAAUAGUAGACUUCCUGAAAGUGCUACAGUUUUUACCAUGUAAUAGACUUGAGCAUGACAAUACUGUAAGAAAAUACAGAAGUCUCUAAAUAUGUCUGAGUUUUCAAAGGAAAUCAAAUAAUAGGUGUUUUCAUUUGACUAUAUUGUGGCAUUUAUGGGUAUUACUGUAAAAUGCAUAUGCAUUACCUGAUUUUCUUAACAUGUUUUGAACUAAUAAAGAAUUCUCCCAUGUAUCCUUA